AUGAUUAUUCCUGGUCCCAAAGCACCUGGAAAUGACAUUGACAUAUUCUUUAGACCACUAGUUGAUGAGUUAAAAGAGUUAUUUGCCACUGGUGUGGAGACAUAUGAUGCCUUCAGGGAGGAGAAGUUCAUGUUACGUGCAGCACUUUUGUGGACAAUAAACGAUUUUCCAGCAUAUGGCUAUUUGUCGGGAUGGAGUACAAAAGGGUACAAGGCAUGUCCUGUGUGCUUAGAUGAGACGACUAGUCUAUAUCUUAAUAAUGGUCACAAAUGUUGUUACAUGGGCCAUCGCCGUUUUCUGCCUAUUGAUCAUAAAUGGCGUCGAGAAAAAAAGCAAUUUAAUGGAGAAAGAGAACAUAGACAGCCUCCUAGGACCCUAUCAGGUGAGGAAGUCCUCCAACAACUUCUUCGUAUUGAGCAAGUUGAGUUUGGCAAGGCACCUGAUUUGCUGCAACAGAAGAAAAGAAAACGCGUGCAGAACAGUUCAAAUUGGAAGAAGAUGAGCAUAUUCUUUGAACUUCCAUAUUGGAGUACCAAUAAAAUUAGACAUAAUUUGGAUAUUAUGCACAUUGUCAAGAAUGUAUGUGAAUCUUUGGUAGGUACAUUAAUGAAUAUCCCUUCGAGAACUAAGGACACAUGGCAGGCUAGGGAGGAUUUAAAAGAAAUGGGAUUAAGGGAAGAGUUGCAUCUACAACCGGGAGGCGGCGCAUCUAAAGUUAUGCCACUUGCAUGUUACACUUUAUCACGCCUAGAGAAAAAGAAUUUCUGCCAGUUUUUGAGCACUAUCAAGUUCCCGGAUGGCUUUGCUUCGAACAUUCCUCAGUGUGUGAAGACCAAGGAGCGUCAACUUUUAGAAAUGAAGAGUCAUGACUACUAUGUGUUCAUACAACGACUUCUUCCACUAGCAACUAGAGGAAUGCUGUAUUUGCAUGAUGUUCUGACCAGGUUUAAUCAAACGGAACGAAAUAUGGAGAAACACGAAGCUGCUGGAAAAUUAUCUAUAUUUUCUAGCUUGGCUCGGCCCUUUGAGGCAGCGCUGAUUGGUUAUCUAAGUGAGGUUGAAUUGCAAAGAAUACACCUGUUCAUCUUGAGAAAUUGCGAAGAAGUAGAUGAUUACUUGAGGGAGCAUAGACAAAUUCUUGAAAAGCAAAAUUUAUCGAGCGUACAGCAAAGGCUAGACUCGGAGUUUCCAAAGUGGUUUGAAGAACGUGUCAUGUAUACACAUACACGUGGAGAAUGUACUGAUGAAUUGUUGUCCUUGGCUAGAGGACCUGAUUUUCGAGUCAAUACAUUUGCUAGCUGUAAUGUGAAUGGAUUUAGAUUCCACAUUAAGGCUCGGGAAAGAGAAAGAAAGACACAAAAUAGUGGAGUUAUGGUAAAGGGGGAGCAUGCUGAUAAAAAAACAUACUUUUAUGGUAUAAUUAAUGAUAUAGUUGAGGUUGAAUACUCAUUUACUCAAAAUCGAGUAGUUGUGUUUAAAUGUGAUUGGUGGACUUGA